GCGAGCGUGGAGGUGUCGUGCCCCAAGCUCCGCGGAGGCGGCUGGAUCGCACUUGGGAGGUGGAACAGGAGUUGGACUUCGAGUCCCGCACUGCGGUUGAUGAAGCUAUGGAGGCCUCGAAAGAGAAGGCGGUGGCGGAGCUGUGCCCGGAGGAGCCGCCGGUGUCGCCGAUCGCCAGCGUGCAGAAUCGGCCUUUCGAAGACUCUGCCAGCCUUCGGCGUUUGAAGCAGUUGGAAGGGGAUGUGGCCUGCAGCAUCGAGCGUGAGUGUGGCAUCGAUGUCUCCCGAGGUGUGGAUGUCUUUCGCUUGGUGUUGCUGAAUUCGGAGAGGCACUUGCGGCCCUCCACCCGCGUGUUGCUCAUUGCACAGGAGGCCUUUCUGUGCGAAGAUCCACAGGCCUCCGUGGCUUUGGAGAGGAGUGGUGUGACGGAGGCGAGAUCCCAAAGUUGGAUCGAGGUCCAGCUGCGCUUCUUUCGGGCCACGCCGAAGACAGGGGGUCGCCUGGGCUCCAAUCUUCCGGUGCUCCAUUUGAUCUUGAGCAUGGAGGAUGGAACUACACAGGUGAUGGAAUUCAUUGGAAAGCAUCAGCGGCAGUACUACUCUGAGGAGGCUUCGGUGGCCUGCGAUGCGAUCGCACAGCAUUUAGAGGAGAGUUUGCUCCGUGUGGCCUUGGAGUUCGUGUUCCAUCCCUCCCGAAGACGCUUUGCACGUGAGCUGGUGGUCUUCCGGGAGUGCAGUGUAGAGCCAGAGGCUCUGGAGCGUCGGGCAGAGCUGCUGCCCAGGAUGCUGGAAACGCUUCGAAGCCACAGCUCCAUCCGUGACGUGCAAUUGGAGUUCGGUGGCACUUUUGCCCGGCCCAAGCAGAAGGAGAAGAGCUUCGUUGUCUUGGAUGAAGAUGUGCUGAAAGUGGCCCCUGCCAAAGAGCAGAUGAAGGCCGCUGCUCGGGGCAAGGCCACGUUCCGGGGCUUCCAGAAGGGCUUCUUGAACAAGGACACGGGCAGCCGCAGAGAGGAGACGGCCAGCGCUGCUGCUCGGGAAGCGAGCGAUCUGCGCCAAACCUCGGUCUCGGCCGUUCCACCGGAUGCGCCGCCGGUGAGUAGCAGCUGGGAGGAGAAGCAGAGGCUUUUGAUGCCGGCAGCGGCGCCUGCCCCUGGCGCUGCGGCACACCAUGCGCUGGUGUCCCACUUGGCCGUGGAGCCCGCUGAGCCGGAGGAAGAGCCGGAAGAGUUGGGCGAAGCUCUGGAUCUCUCCCAGCUGGCCACGCAGCUCUUCGGUGAAGCCGAGGAUCUUCCCGAGGCCAAGAGUGAGGAAGCGCCAGAGGCCACAGCUCCCGGAGCUGCAGCACCGCCGAUGCCAGCGGAGCCGCCCGCCGCUGCACCGCCUCCUCCGCCCGACGCCGCGGCAGAGAGGUAUCAGGGCGUCAGCCAAGCCUUAAGGCGCCGCCAAGCGGGCUUGGCCACGUGCCAAGCGAAGGCGUGCGCCUCCCCGUCGCGGUCCCGUCGAGACCUCCGGACCUCUCUGGCGCAGUCCUUGCUGCUGCGGGCAGAGCGUCGGGCGGCCAUGCAUCAGCAGGUCGGGGGGGAGACAAGGUUCGAAACGGAUGAGACGACCGAAUUGGAUGUCCAUCCCAAACUUAACGGUAUUUUGGAGCGGCUCCUGCGCUAUGAGGAAGGCGUGAGGAUCUCUGCGAAUUCGCGGGCCUCCGAAGCGAGGCCCCAGAACUUUCGCGGCAAGGGCUGUCGAGGCAAAGCGGGCAGGUGUUUGUGGCGCUUUUUGCAGCAGCCGGAGUCUAGGAACACGCUCUACCUGAAAAUCUACACACGAGUACCUCAGGUGAUGUGCCGGGAAGCUCAGACUGAUUUGGGAGCUCAGACCGAGUGCGAAGAAUUGGGCCCACAGGCGGGCCAAGAGAAGAGAAAGGCGAAUCUUCGGUUUGCUGAGAAUCGAGAUGUAGAUGGACAGCUGGUGGAGUUCUCAACUCCUUCAGUGGGCAACCCACCGAGGUGGACCGGAUAG